ACCAUUUCUACCACUACUUUAUACGCUGUAGACUUUGAGUGUGUCAGUUCCAUCACUUGUUCAUGUGACACUGAGAUGUUGCUGCUCAUCUUCCUCGUCUUUCAACUGUUUGUGAAGGUUCAACCUCAAACAGGAUUGACUGAUCAGUCCUGGCUGACAAUGUCUCCAGCAUCAGUGUUUAAAGAGUCAGACACAGUGCAGCCGAAACAUGACAGGCCAAAAGAUGCAAUGAGAUCCAAUGAGAAUCACACUAUGACAGUUAUCAGUCAGUAUGACGUUCAUUUUGAUGAGAGGCCAACAAUUAGAGUCAUCCAUGAAUCUCAACUUUCUGAAUUUAGGAUUUACUGUGAAAUACCACGAUCAGAUAAUGGCAGUUAUAAUUGUUACAUUUUCUCUGGAGAUCAGUAUAAAUACUUGAUAAAGACAGUGUCUGUGCAAAUUUCUGGAAAAACAAACUGUAUUUUUACAAUAACGGAAAAUGUAUUGUUCAAUCAUAUGAAGUCAGCAAAGAGUAAAUCAUUGAGCUGCAAAUAUUCUCUAAAAACUGCACCACUCAACCAUUCACAAUAUAGUGACAAAUACAACCUUACAGCUUUUUUACCUGUGCAAAAUCAGUCACCAAGUACAACAAAAAGAUCAACAUUAUCAGCUGGAAUGGGAUCCAGUUCUUGUCUUAAGACCACAAUAAACCCCAUGGAUAGAACUCCUCAGGCUUUACAUCCAGUCAGUAUUACAUGGAACACAACAACAGUUCUGAAAUCUUCAACUCCUGGUAAAGGUUCUGGCCCUAGAACACCAAAAACAAGAACAUGGCUUAUCAUUGCAUUGGCUGCCACCAGUGGUGGCAUCGCUCUGAUUGGACUCAUGGGCAUCUGUAUAUGCUGCUUCACCACAAAGAAACCAAGGAUUCAGAGCAGAAUUAGGAGCAGCGCACCCAAUCAACAUCCUGCUGAAACUGAAAAUAAUGAGGACCAUUCUGAAGAAGAAAAUAAGGAUAACGUGUACCAUGUGUACUGCACUAUCCCUGAGAUCUCCGCAGACAGUCAUGAGUUUUACAGUCUAACACAGAUGCCAAACCAACCUCUGCCAAUUUAAUUGGGUUUCAAUCAUGUUGUAAUUAAAUAAAAUUGAAAAUCUUUGUUACAGUGCUGCUAUGUUUUUACAGGGAAGUCUAGACAAAUGCAUAACUGAUGUCAGAUAAUGAAAUUAGUCAGAUACAGGAAUUGGUUUGUAUGUGGACUAUAUGGCUGAACAUGAAAUUUGUGGAAACAAGUAAUAACGCACCAUGAACAUUUAAUACACUCUAAAGUCUACAUAUAGGCAAAACGUGUUGUUACAAAAACAAGACAUACUUUUCUAUGCCAGGCACAUGUAGUGGUUUGAUUCUGUGUGGUUUGUACAUUUAAGGCCACAUACUGUAUCUGCCCUGUUUCUCACUUCUCUAGUGGAAUUUUCUCUUUUCCUUGGGUCUGUGUCUGAAUACUCUGAAGAUUUUGACCAUGUGCUUUUAUUCCAUACACCCAUAUAUUUGUGUGUCACUAGUCAAACGGUCUGUUUCAGACCUCAUUAUAUCAAUAAAAUAAAUGUUUUUAAAAUGAUUAAUUAACCCUCCUAUGGUCUUCAUAAAUGAGCCCUACCUUUGGACCUCCCAGUCAUUUUUGACUGAAAAAAUGCAAAGGUGUAAUAUUUUUAUUAUUUUUUUUUUAUGAUGAUAAUGAUACCAUUUCUUCUU